AUGAAUUAUGAUGAGAACCAGUCGCACGUGCAAGUUGUAGACUUCCAGCAACAAGGACCAUGGACUCCGCGAGAAUUGUUCGACUUUGGCGUUGACACGAAUAUGGAGCUGAACGACAUGGAUUUGACAUUUCUCGAUACGUACAACCAUGCAAAUCCCUUCGAUCUGCGUACUCCGAGCAUUGGCUUCCCAACUGCCGGUUCAGACACCAUGCCGAGCUUCACUUCAGCACCAGUGCCUCCAAUGGACACCGCUGCUCUGCCAAAGGCGUCUGUCUGGCGGUUUCGACCUCUCUCGAAGGACUCUGGCAGUGCCGAACAGGUCAAUCUUUCACUUCCGACCCCGACGAGUCUCGACAUCGAUCGAAGGGUGACGUGUGAACCUCUGUCUCAAACCUCUCGGGACAAGAUACUGGCCAUGAUUUUGAGUACUUGUAAGCCCAACAGCAUACCGCGUGCAGUGGCAUGCUUCCCUUCGAUCGGACUGCUCGAUAGCCUCUUCCAGUUCUCUUUGACAUCACCCGGCUCUCAUGCGAAGCAUUGGAUCCAUGCUCCGACUUUACUUGCAGGACAGACACGACCUGAGGUUCUCGCAGCAAUCACUGCUGCCGGAGCUGUCCUGACACCCGAUGCGUCCAUUCGAAAAGUCGGCUACGCUAUUCAGGAAGCAAUUCGAACAGCAGUCGCGGUACAGGUCGAAGAAGACAACACCCUGAUGCGCGAUUUACAAAUAAUGCAAGCUUCUCUGCUACAGCUCAAGAUUGGUCUCUGGAGUGGCGACUCUCGCAAGAUGGAACUAGCAGAAGGCUUCCAGCAAGUCCUCGUCACUAUGGCACGUAGAGGAGGCCUGUUCCGCCGCGGGACCUACGAGCGCAUCGUCCCAUACGCAGAGGAUCAAGGCGAAGUCCUCGAAGGCAAAUGGCGACGAUGGGUCAAGCAGGAGUCCCGAAAACGCUUCGCACUUCACCUCUUCCGCCACGACCUCGAAGCCUCCGUCUCCCUCCUCAGCAGCCCACUCAUCUCCUACGCCGAGCUCUACCUGCCCCUACCCGAGUCCGAGAACCUCUGGCACUCUCCAUCCGCAGAAUCAUGGAAAGCAACGUACAUGCGCAACACCGGUCCUCGUCACGAACGCCAGCCGUCUCUAGUUGACUGCAUUCAAGAUCUCGACAUCCUCGCCGUGCGCGACAUCUUCGUCGACCAACGCCAAGCAUCCAUGGCCGUCCUCGGUGCCGCCUGGCGUAUGAUCUGGGAGUUUCGCCAGCUCGACUCCACGAUGAAAGACACUCACAACCAGUGGAACAACGGCAACAUGCUGAUGUCUACCCGCCACGCCGAACUCACAAAACUCAUGCAGUGCUUCCGCAUUUCCUCAGUCGAAGACACAAAAGUGACCCUCAUCGUCGAGCUCCUGCUCAUGCACCUCCACAUGUCUCUCGACGAUGUCCAGCUCUUCGCAGGCGUCGAGGGUGAAGAAGAGUCUCGCCGCGUAUACCCCUCGCUCGUACAAUGGACCCGUACCGCCACCGCUCGACAAGCCCUCUGGCAUGCGGGUCAAGUUCUUCGCGCCUCCCGCGAUCUCCGCUCAGGUCUCGUGUGCGACUUCGCGGCGAUAGCAGUCUAUCAAGCCAGCUUAGCAUUCUGGUCCUACGGCAUCAUCACACGCGCCACAGAGCCUGGUCCGCCGCCCAGCAACAACGGCGUGGCGUUCUUGGAUGGAGAGGAAGACAACGCUGUCAAGCGGUGGUUGGUGCAUGGCAAGGGAGCGGCUGCGAUACGGACGUGGACGGCCAAGGCACAGAAUGAAGGCGCCGCACUGGUCGCGGAUCCAAAUGAUGUUGUGGGCGCAGUGGUGCUGUUGAUGAGGAGGAGUCAUCAUGAGACGAGGAAUCCGCCGCUGGUGGAUAAUUUGAUCAAUAUUAUGGAGGGGUUGAGAAAAGCGGCGAGGAUUUCUUGA